ACCAGCAGCAGAAAGCUUUUUUUGGAGGAAAACCACAACCAUGGCCAGCGACGUGGUGGAAGAUGAGCUAGAAUUCUACUCCAAGGCCGAAAAAUAUUGGAGGGACGUCCCCCCCACUGUGGAUGGGAUGCUGGGAGGCUACGGGCAUAUUUCAAGUAUCGACAUUAGCAGCUCCAGAAAAUUUUUACACCGUUUUUUGAGGGACGGGCCAAACAGGACCGGCACAGCCUUGGCCUUAGACUGUGGCGCUGGCAUCGGACGGAUCACGAAGCGUCUGUUACUGCCUCUUUUCAAAUCUGUGGACAUGGUGGACGUGACAGAAGAUUUCUUGAACAAAGCCAAGACGUACCUCGGGACUGAAGGCCAACGGGUCCGAAAUUACUUCUGUUGUGGGUUGCAAGACUUCAGCCCCGAGCCUAACACUUACGACGUUAUUUGGAUUCAGUGGGUAAUUGGACACCUGACGGACGAGCACCUCUUACACUUCCUGCAACGGUGUCGCCUGGGGCUCCGCCCCAACGGCAUCAUCGUCAUUAAGGACAACAUGGCCCAAGAAGGGGUCAUCAUGGACGAAGUGGACAGUAGCGUCUGCCGGGACCUGGAGGUGGUUUGUAAGAUCAUCUGCCGUGCCGGGCUGAGCCUUCUAGCCCAGGAAAAACAGGAGAAUUUUCCAGACGAGAUCUAUCACGUCUAUACCUUAGCCAUGAGGUGAAGGAGAUCCAGGAAGCCGUCCCAUGGUGCUCCGGGACAAACCAUGGUUUCCAGCGGUCCAGGAGGAAAGGGCAAAGAGGCGCGAUCAGCUGGGGGAGGGGUCUCAAGAGGUGGGGAGCAGGGAGGGAAUUAAGAUGGUUGUGUCCCUGGGCAGUAAAACGGACUGGGACAGGGGAAGUAAAGGUAAGCCCAAUUGUAGUGUCCUAUGUUGGUUUGUUAUGAUGGUUGGAAAAAAAGAUCAGAAGAAUACAC